AUACUUUUCUUUUUCUUUCCUACAAACCAGAAAAACAAAAACAAAAUAGAAAAAAGGCAAGGGAUCCGUGAUUCCAAAGGAUUCGCUCUCCCCACGCGCCUCAGUAUCCGUCACAUCUCACGCGUUCCUUCUCUUUCUCUCCCCCUCUCUUCUUCUCUCCCCUACUAUAUAAUCUCGUGUUCCCUUCUUCCCAUUCUGCACCUCUAUCUCCCACUAAUUUCGAUUUUGCCACUGAAUUACAAAAAAAAAAAAACCCCACGAAACAAACCAUAACAAAAACGUAAUCGUUAAGCUAUGGUGGAAGAAGACUUGUUGGCUACUAAUUCCGAUAAGCUAACUCCGGCUGACUCCUUUGAUAAAAAACGUGUCAGAGACGAGUCUUCCAACGACGUUGUUCUUGACUCGCCGGAGGUUAAGAGGCUGAGAGAUGAUUUAUUCGAUGUUCUCGAUGACUCGGAUCCUGAACCGGUGAGUCAAGAUCUCGACUCGGUUAUGAAAAGUUUCGAAGACGAGUUAUCGACGGUCACCACGACGGCGGCGCUAGGCGGAGGAGCCGGUGAAACUCAACCGGAUCUCGGUUAUCUUCUCGAAGCUUCUGAUGACGAGCUCGGUUUACCACCGCCUCCGUCGGUUUCUCCCGUUCCCGUCUCGAAGGAGGAAGAGACGACGGAGACGCUAACGGAUUUGGUGCGUGCUUCGUCUGAUUCUUCUGGGAUCGAUGAGAUUUGGGGAUUUGAAGACCACGUUUCCAAUUAUGCUGAUUUAGAUUUUGGUUCCGUCGUCGGAGAUUGUGGUGGAGAUUACGUUGCGGUUGAAGGACUUUUCGAGUUUUCCGAUGAUUGUUUUGAUUCCGGCGAUCUAUUUUCGUGGCGGUCGGAGUCGUUACCGGCGGAAUGAAUAACAAACUGUUUCGGAGUCUUUUUUUAAUUAGGUGGGAAAUGGAAACGAUGCCGUUUUGUAAAGCGUUUUGGCUCUCUCCCUACCAUUUCUUUUUUCUUUUACCGUAUCAGUUUAUGGUAGAUAGUUAAUAUCUCCCUAUUAAUUAAUUAAAAUUAUUAGGAUGUAGGAAAAGUUAAAUAUUUUGUUAGUUGGGGUUAAUCUGCUAGACUAUUAAUAUAAACAAAUUCGUUUGUUUGUUCUUCUCUGAUCUUUCUUUCUUUUUUCUCAUAGCUUUUGUUAAUGUGAAAUUUCAGUAUGAAAAAUACCUCUUUGGCUC